AUGGCGUUGCUGAAGUCAUUCGUCGAUGUUGCUCCAGACUCUCACUUCCCUAUCCAGAACCUCCCUUACGGUGUCUUCAAGCCGGAAUCCAACUCGACACCACGUCCUGGCGUCGCUAUCGGCGAUUCCGUCCUGGACCUCUCCGCGAUCUCCGAAGCUGGGCUUUUCGAUGGUCCGAUCCUCAAGGACGCCGAUUGCUUCCUUCAGCCUAACCUGAAUAAGUUCUUGGCCAUGGGACGGCCUGCGUGGAAGGAAGCGCGUUCUACGCUUCAAAGGCUCUUGUCAUCUAAUGAACCCACACUACGAGAUAAUGAUGUUUUGAGGAGAAAGUCAUUCUAUGAGAUGAAUAAAGUAGAAAUGAUUGUUCCUAUGGUGAUUGGAGACUAUACAGACUUCUUUGCAUCCAUGCAUCACGCCAAGAACUGCGGGCUCAUGUUCCGUGGGCCUCAGAAUCCGAUAAACCCAAAUUGGUUUCGUCUUCCCAUCGCAUAUCAUGGACGGGCAUCGUCUAUUGUCAUCUCGGGGACUGACAUUAUUCGACCAAGAGGUCAGGGGCAUCCACAAGGAGACUCUACACCAUAUUUUGGACCUUCACAGAAACUUGAUUUUGAGCUCGAAAUGGCUGCUGUGGUUGGUCCAGGAAAUGAAUUGGGAAAGCCUAUUGACGUGAAUAAUGCAGCCGAUCAUAUAUUUGGUCUUGUACUGAUGAAUGACUGGAGUGCUAGGGAUAUUCAGGCUUGGGAGUACGUGCCUCUUGGGCCUUUCCUGGGAAAGAGUUUUGGGACUACGGUAUCCCCUUGGAUUGUUACCUUAGAUGCUCUUAAACCUUUCGGUUGUCAAGCUCCCAAGCAGGAUCCACCUCCAUUGCCAUAUUUGGCUGAGAAAGAAUCUGUAAAUUACGAUAUUUCCUUGGAGGUUCAACUUAAGCCUUCUGGCAAAGAUGAUUCUUGUGUAAUAACAAAGAGCAACUUCCAAAAUUUAUAUUGGACCAUAACGCAGCAGCUAGCACAUCAUACCGUUAACGGUUGCAAUUUGAGGCCUGGUGAUCUCCUUGGAACUGGAACCAUAAGCGGACCCGAGGCAGAUUCAUAUGGGUGUCUACUUGAGUUAACUUGGAAUGGACAAAAGCCUCUAUCGCUGAACGGAACGAGUCAGACGUUUCUGCAAGACGGAGAUCAGGUGACCUUCUCAGGUGUAUGCAAGGGAGAUGGUUACAAUGUUGGGUUUGGAACAUGCACAGGGAAAAUUGUACCUUCGCUGCCUUGA